AUGCCAUCACCUAUUCCUCUUAAUUGUUUUCUUUCUUUUGAGUAUUCCCCCUCUGCAAAUUUGCGCCCCUGCAGCAGCCCUUUAGUUAUCCCUGGCAAAGACAGCAAAAGUUUUUUGGGGGGAGCUUCCUCAGCCAGGACUCGCCGCUUGCCCUCACGCCUGUCCUGGUGCUCCAUUGACUGGGAGCAGCUCUGCCUCCUGCAGCCCUUGGGGUCUGGGGGCUUUGGCUCUGUCUACAAAGCCACCUACCAUGGUGCAACAGUGGCUGUGAAGCAGGUGAAGAAGAGCAGCAAAAACCGGCUGGCGUCGCGGCAGAGCUUCUGGGCUGAGCUGAACGUGGCCCAGCUCCAACACAACAAUGUGGUACGUGUGGUGGCUGCCAGCACCUGUGCCCCAGCCAGUGACAACAGCCUGGGCACCAUCAUCAUGGAGUAUGUGGGUAACAUCACUCUGCACCAUGUCAUUUAUGGCACUGGGGAUGCAUGGAGACAGGGGGAGGAUGAGGAAGAAGGAUGUGGAGGGAAGGCCCUGAGCAUGGACGAGACUGUGUGCUAUUCUUGUGACAUCACGACAGGCUUAGCCUUUCUGCACUCACAGGACAUUGUACACUUGGACCUGAAGCCUGCAAAUGUUUUCAUCACUGAGCAGGGAGUGUGCAAGAUUGGAGACUUUGGGUGCUCCCAGAAACUGGAGGCGGGCUCGUCCCAGAGCGCCCGCGCUUGCCAGCAAGGGGGCACGUACACCCACCGUGCCCCCGAGCUCCUCAAGGGGGAGAGGGUCACUGCCAAGGCGGACAUCUACUCGUUUGCCAUCACCCUGUGGCAGAUGGUGACGCGGGAGCAGCCGUACCUGGGCGAGCGGCAGCACGUGCUCUACGCCGUGGUCGCCUACACCCUGCGCCCGUCGCUGGCCGCCCCGGAGUUCCACGAGUCCCCCGUGGGCCGGGCCCUGCACAGCAUCAUCAGCUGCUGCUGGAAGGCCAACGCAGAGGAGCGUCUGAGGGCAGACCAGCUGCUCCCCAGCCUCAGGGCCCUCAGGCAGCGCCUCUAGGAAAACUCAGCACUCUUUGUAUUCCUUCUGUUGACUUUUCUUUCUCUCUGGCCUUCCUCUGAACAUAAUUAAUUCUGC